CUCUCAUUUCUUAUACCAGCUCUUGCUCUUGUCCACCCCCCACCUGACAAAUAUACACUGUGGAGUUUUCUCUCCUAACUCUGGCUCAUGUAACAUCACCGUCUCCAUCCACAGGCAGACUGCUACAGUUACAGAUAUCCAAUGGAUGCAGGACAGGUGUUGCAGAUGAUAGUGACGGUGUUGAUCUUCGUGGUGGGUGUAACUCUGAACAGUUUGGUGGUUUGGGUGUUGGGAUUCCGCAAGAGAAGAAGAAGUGGCUCCAUAGGAGGUGAAACACAGGGUGCUGGAAGCUUCCGGAUAUACGUGGUGAACUUAGCUCUGGCUGACCUAAUGUUAAUUAUGCGUACACCAGUCAUGCUGGGCUAUCUACUGAACAACAUGAGCUGGCCAUUUGGAAAGCCUGUGUGCCAACUGAUUAUGUUCCUGCGCUGCCUAGGAUUAUAUGUAGGGGCCUUUUUGCUGAGUGCCAUCGCAUUGGAACGGUGUUUGUGCAUAUUACGGCCUGUCUGGGCUCGAAUGAGGCGGCCCCGCUGGGUGGUACCACUUGUCUGCAUCCUGCAGUGGGCAUUAGCUUGUGCGCUCUCAGUGCCCUACAUUACAGCUGCCGGACUAAUACAAGAUAUACGCAACAAGACCCACUGUAAAGAGAAUGUUAAGGACACUGGAAAAACACUGCUGUUUGUGUUGGAGUCAGUGGCAGGUUUCCUGCUUCCACUGGUAAUUUUCUUAUCCUGCAACCUGGCUGUAAUUGUUAUCGCAAGAAGGUCCGAGACGUCAGUGUCCAGCACCCCCGUCUCUUCACCUACUUCCCCUACUGGAUCUAUUUACACAGCACAGAGGCUGAGCCGCCUCUACCGGAUCCUCUUCUUGACCAUGCUAAUGUUUCUCACUUGUUGGGUGCCAUACUUUACCUGCCGCUUCCUCAAAGCACUGGCUAGUAGCCGGGACGAUUGGCAAAAUCUUUCUAAAAAAGCAGAAUUUGGCAUAUACGUGUCCCUGUUCUUUGUGUACAUCAAGAGCGCACUCAACCCAAUUCUGUACGUGUUUGCUGCUCGCGGACUGAGCCGCACUCUCCGUGACUCGCUGCUAUCGACCAUCGUGCGAGUCUUUAACGAGGAUGUUUCCGAAUCCCUGCGCAGGAAGUCCUUGCGGAGAAAAGACUCCCAGAUUUAAAUGCAAAUUAUUGUUCAACAAUGGAUAUUUCAAAAGUUUGCGCACUCUUGAGAAAGCUGUGCUGUGGUCAAAACUCCGAGAAGUGAAACCAUUUCCUGAAAGAAGUCUAUCUGACCAGCUAAGGAUGUAAGAGACAGCAAAUGGAUUUCAAAUAUUAAUUUCUUGUGUUUUUUAUAAUGUGAACUCUUAAGAUUUCCCCCAAUGCUCUUCAAGCUGCAGGGUCAAUGUUCAGACUUAAUUAUUAAGAUAUCUUCAUUGCAAUUAUACUUAAAAGAAAAGGUCACUCACUCACAAAGGUAUAGUUGUGAGUUCAGCUUAGUGACAUUUACUGUCACAUUAAUAAGAAAUAAAGUGUACAAACAGUGGAGAUAUCGGGAAAGAUAGCUGUGACAGAUAAAGCUGAGAGAGACUGGAAAGACUGAAGGAAUAAAGCCCUGCAGCAUCGGCCUCUGAGUAGAGAUGUAUGUAACAAGGGCUAAAAUCCUGCAAAAUUUCUCCUUUUGUGUUAAGGUUAUUAAGUUUAUGCAUCAACAUACGCUUAAGUGUAUUGCGUUGCACUAUGAAAACGUUCAAAAUUUAUUGUUAUGUUACAAAUCUCAUUAAAAUUCUGAAACAACUUGCAAAA